CGUUGAUCCGUCGCUGUUUGCAUUUGUUUCUUUUUUGUUUUCUCUUUCGUUUCUUUUGGGUAUGAAUGUGCUGCUUUCGUCUCAGCACCUAUCGUUGGUUAUAUCGAAGUUGGUUGCUUUGUAAUAUAAAGCGAGGAAAACCCUUUUUCUUCGGAUGGCUCUAGUUUGCGAGAAGGUUUUAGCCUUCACGGCCCCCUUAAGCUCCAUCAAGUUUCCUCUUCGGGCCCAUUCCAGGUGCAUGUUCACCCUUCACCAUCCUUUAAUCUUUCCUCCGGUAGCUCAUUUCACCCCUCAUCUUCGUCUACACCUAGCUAGCUAGGUAGCGACACUGUGGGAUAAAGCAAUACCAAUACAGGCGGUGAGAGAGAGGGGCGUGGGUAGGGGCUUUGGGCUAAGCACAAACACUGUUGUCUCUCUACGUUUCCGUGCUCGACUAUAUAGACCCUCCAUUGGCCUUGCAUCCACACACACCACACCACCAUAGCCAGGAGCAACCCAUUUCACACUAACUCGCUCGCCGUGCCACAACUUGCUUCACCUAGCUCGUAGAGAGUGUGAGAGCGACCGUUGAAGGGCCGGCGAACCGCGCAUGCACCAGCACCAGCACCAACCGGCGGCGGCCAUGGGCGACGCGCUGUGGGAGCUGAUCGGGGAGGAGAUGGCGGCGGCGGAGGCGGCCGCCGGGGAGCACGGCCUGCCCCCGGGCUUCCGCUUCCACCCCACCGACGAGGAGCUCGUGACCUUCUACCUCGCCGCCAAGGUCUUCAACGGCGCGUGCUGCGGCGGCGUGGACAUCGCGGAGGUGGACCUGAACCGGUGCGAGCCGUGGGACCUCCCGGAGGCGGCCAGGAUGGGGGAGCGGGAGUGGUACUUCUUCAGCCUCCGCGACCGCAAGUACCCCACGGGCCUCCGCACCAACCGCGCCACUGGCGCCGGCUACUGGAAGGCCACCGGCAAGGACCGCGAGGUGCUCAACGCCGCCACGGGCUCCCUCCUCGGCAUGAAGAAGACGCUGGUCUUCUACAGGGGCCGCGCCCCCCGCGGCGAGAAGACCAAGUGGGUCCUCCACGAGUACCGCCUCGACGGCGACUUCGGCGCCGGCCGCCGCUCCUGCAAGGGGUUCGUUUCUGCUCAAAAAUCUAGUUGCAGAUUUGCACUGACACCGGAUGCAUCUGAGCUAGCUAGCGAUAUGAGUAUACACCAUGUACUGGAGGAAUGGGUGGUGUGCAGGAUCUUCCACAAGGCGGUAGACCCGUACAGCAAGAUGAUGGAGAUGAGAAACCCCUACUGCUACUUCCCCAUGAGCCCCCACCACCCCAGCUUCUUCCAGGACGCACCUCCUGUCCCCUUCCCAAACCCUAGUCAGCUCAUCCCCUUCCACCAUGACCUCCCAAACCUGCAGUCCUCCCCACUAAUGCAGAGCCAGGGCCAGGCCAAGAACACAAGCGGCAACAAUGGCGGCUUCCCAGCAGCAGCUUGCGUCCAGGAGCAGCCAAACAGCAGCUGCAACCAAGCAUAUUUCCCUUUCCCUCCCUUCGCCUCCAUCGUCAAUGGCAAGGCAGGCCCACCGGCGCAGCCCAGGGUCAACGGCGGUCCACAGGAGCCACCGCCGACCUGGCUGGACGCUUGCCUGCAGCACAGCGCCUUCAUGUACGAGAUGGGCCCACCUGCAGCCACCAGGGGCGCAUGAUCCGGGUCACUUGUUUCCUAGGGCUACCCUCGCAUCUCGAUCGAUCGUUAUGUUGCAGCUUUUGAUUAUUGAUUAGUCAAGUUGCGAGUGUGAUCGACAUUUAGACAAGCACUUGUAAUUGUUUUCCCCUUGUUCUCCGAUUAAUCCUCUAGUUUCCGUAGCUUAUGAUCAUAUGUAGUGCUUUGCUUGCUUGUGCAUAGGAUCAUUGGAGUAGUAGGAGACUAGCUAGCACUGGACUACUAAUCUCGUGAUCCAUGCAUGUACUCACAUGCAAUAUGGUCCUAUCUAGUUUUAAUCUAUGUGUAAUGAAGAUCAUCUCCUUGUGGAUUUGCUUUUCACAUGCACGAUAAUAUGUACUGUAUGUGGCACUAGCAGUGUCGAUGAGUCCUUAUAAACUUGUA